AAGCAAAAAAAGAGAGGCGGGGUGCCUGUUUCCAGACCCAUUUAGUUUAAUCGCUGCCUGACUGCGCUACCUUCCCGAGCCUCCCCGAGGGAAGGGAACUAUAGGGGGCAGAAGGCGACGAUGAAGGUAACCGCUCUUGACUCCCGGCAGCUCAAGCAGCUUCUGCGGAAGGAGCCCGCCGGCUGCCUGGUCUUGGAUUGCAGACCGUACCUCUCCUACUCGGCCUCCUGCCUCCGCGGAUCGCUCAACGUGAACCUCAACUCGGUGGUGAUCCGCCGCGCCCACGGGCGGCCCGUGCCCUUACACUUCGUGGUGCCCGACGAAGCGGCCCGAGGGCGGCUGCUCCUGCCUGGGGCUUGCCCGGAGGAGGAGGAGGAGGAGGAAAGGGAAGGGGACGAUGCGGUGCCUUCCCGGCGGCUGCUGACGGCCGUAGUCGUCCUGGAUCAAAACACCCGGCACUGGCGGAAGCUGAAGAAGGAGAGCACGGCGCAGAUCGUGCUGAACACGCUGCUGGCCAGCCUGCCGGAGACCGGAGCGAGGGUCUGCUUCCUGAGAGGAGGCUACGAAACCUUUUAUUUGCAGUAUCCUGAGUUUUGCAUAGAUGUAAAACCCAUAUCCCAAGAGAGACCUGAAACGGAGAGAAGCACCAGCAGCCUCUAUGAGAAGCCGUGCAUCCACCACAAACCAGCAUACGAUCAGGGUGGCCCAGUGGAGAUCCUUCCUUUCCUGUACCUUGGCAGUGCCUACCAUGCUUCCAAGUGCGAGUCCCUAGCCAAUCUGAACAUCACGGCACUCCUGAACGUCUCCAGGAAGAGCUCCGAGCCCUUUACAGAUCAAUACUGCUAUAAAUGGAUUCCGGUGGAAGACAAUCACACAGCAGACAUCAGCUCACACUUCCAGGAAGCAAUAGAAUUUAUUGAUUGCACCAGGCGGGCAGGGGGUAAGAUCUUGGUGCAUUGUGAAGCUGGAAUUUCCCGCUCUCCCACUAUCUGUAUGGCGUAUCUGAUGAAAAUGAGAAAGUUCCGCCUGGAGGAGGCUUUUGAUUACAUCAAGCAACGUAGGAGUCUGAUCUCACCAAACUUUGGCUUCAUGGGCCAGCUGCUACAGUAUGAGUCAGAAAUAUUGUCCUCGGCUCCCAGCCCUCCUGUUGCCUCUUGCAAAAGGGAUGCUGUGUCUUUCUUCACUGAAGAGCUGGCUUUGGGCAAAAGCUUCGAAGGCUCCUGUUUUGCUUUUCCUACCUCAGUUUUGAAUUCCGUGCCCAUUCACUCACCUGUCCACCAGCUAAAUAUUGCUGCGUCUUCAUCCUGCUGGACCCUCCUGGGAACAAGAGACAAUACAGUCCCAUGAGCCCCCCAGAGACUACAGUAUAAUGAUACAUUUCACCUACAUGCAAUACAGAGGACCUCAUGAAUUUCACCUGGAACUGGACACUUGAGGGGCUGUCUACACCAGGAAGGGGGGGAAAGUCAUUUUACAUUGAGAUGGAGUCUUUGUUCAGUGCAUUUAAGUUUGGGGGAUAGCUACGCCGUUUCAGGUUGUUAACUUGUGCUGAGUCUAGCCAACUCCUGCUAUAGCUCAAAUUGUCCUAGACUUGUGCUUUGAACUAGAAGAUAAUUCUUCCUCUUCCCAGAAGUAGAUGCCCUUCAUUAUGGCUGAGAACAUAAGUGUAUGGACACUGGCUAGAUCAGGCUUUCAAAAGAAUGAAUGUUUUUUGAAAAAGAAAAGUUGUGCACUGUUUAA